AUGGAACCUAUUGCCCUAUUUUCGUUUACCGACCUUCCAGUUGAGCUUGCCUUCGUGAUCUUCGAAUAUGCCGCGCGACCGACCUUUGACCAGGCUGACUUAUAUGAUGCUAGAAGUCCAUAUUCAUCUGCACUCGCACUCUGUCGCGUCUCCAAAAUUGUCAGGCGCGUUGUGCUUCCCGAACUCCUGCACACCAUAUUGCUGCGGGACCUUCGACGCGCAGAAAAGUUCGUGCAUGCUCUACGUAUGCAAAAAGCGUACAGGAAGAAAGGAAACGAUCUCCAUUUUGAGUACGCACCUCGUAUACACAAGAUGUGGAUUGUAUCCCAUGGUGGGAAUCUCACGCCAGCUCACUUGCCCUACACCCCCCGGGCCUAUGCACUGAAGCCGUUAGAAUCUCCGCUUGACAUCAGCCUCCUGGCUCCGAUACUACUCGCUGCACCGUCCCUUGCCCUCAGCUGGACAAGUCUGGACCUUCUCGUAGAAUGCCUGGAACAUGCAUGGAAGUUCCGUGCGGCCGCACAUGUCAACAACAAACAUUCUCCGCCUCCCUGGAACACGCAAACUCUGAUGCUAUCGUGUAUCCCCACUACUGGCCCACGGUGGGAGCGCCUCACAGACACUCCCCAGGGAUCUGCUUUCCUUAGUUCAAUCUCUCACCUCUCAACCCCAUACGUAUGCGACUACGGGUCACACACGACAGACUUAUGUCGGGACUACCGCCUGCCUCUGUGGAUGGAGAUCACUCCAUGGGCUUCUUUCAAGAACCUUCAAAUCGUCUUUCUGCCGUACCCGCGUAUCAAGCCCUCCGUCGAUCAAUCUGCGUUGACCUUCACGGGAAUCCACUCGUACGUGGAGCUGCUGACAUUGUCUGCAUCCUUGCUGAGGGACCAGUAUGACUGUAUUUCCAAGGGAAUCGAGGCAUUUGCUGAGAUCGAUCCUGGAGAGGAAUGUAUUCGAUCAAAUGGUAUUCGUUUAAAGGUGUCCGAGUCCCGCAUAUGCUGGUAUACUCGUGAUGGGUGGGAGAAAGUUUGGGCGUGCAUGUUGUGA